AUGUUCCAGAGAGUAUACCCCAGCCAAGGAAUUGGCUACGAAGUUACAUGCGCAGCAGCCGGAACCGUUUGUCGCAACCCGCCUACAGCGCUGAAACUCAAUGGUCAAAGAAUUACAUCGCAGUAUUGCCAAUUUCACGCUUGCAGGCAAGUUGAAGGAGGGCGGGCGUGUCCCAAUGCAAAGCUGCCUCGAGCUGUAGUGUGCAGCCAGCAUAUUCGGUGCCAGGCUGUUGACAACGGCACGAGAUGCAAUCUCGACGUCAAGGAUGGAAACUCGGCCUUGUACAGGUACUGUAUGCCGCUUCACCUGUGUACACUACCCGGCUGCGAGGCUCAACGGACGUGGCAUAACGGUCAAGAUCUGGCGUUUUGCCACGAACAUCGCUGCGAAUACGACGACUGUCGAAACCACAAAGAUACCGGUCCGUUUUGCAAGGAUCAUACAUGCGAUGACACUCAUUGCAUAGCCUUUGCUCAAGGAGUUGAUCCAGAAGACCCUCAACGCUUCUGUGAGCGACAUCGUCACUGCCAAAAACCACAAUGCCGACGUCUCUGCCACGUCCGCGAUAACGGCCAACCCUCACCCUUUUGUGGCGCACACUACUGCGAGGCACCCGACUGCGAAGCCGAACGUGAGGGGGGAUCCCACUGCCGCGACCACGCAUGUGCUGAGCAAGGCUGCCUCGAAGGCCAGGAGUCUCCGGGGAGUGGUUACUGCAAAAAGCACACGUGUAAGACGCGCAAUUGUCGGCUUAGAAGGCUUGGCAAGGACUACUGCCCGUAUCACGAGUGCGUAUAUGGCGGCUGUGAAGCUGAAGCGAUGGAGGGAGGUUUUCUUUUCAAGGGACAACACACAUCGUAUGUGAAGACCGCAACAACGAUAGACGAGGCUGUGGUCGACGAGCAGAACGAGGCACACGAUUCUGUGAACACCAUCUUUGCCAGGUCCGUGACUGUCAAGACCCAAAGGCUCCUCCGUUCGAAUUCUGCAUUAGUCACAAGUGUCUUGUGCCAGAAUGUCACCGACCCAGGCAAACUUCAAUCCACGGACUUGCCCAGGGCAAUGCUGACGGACUCUUUUGCGACGGACACGGCUGUAGACAAGUUAGCUGCAACAACCAGGCUGCGACGGGAUCAGGCUGGUGCUUGA